GGCCGAGCAGGAGCAGGAGCGGGGCUGCAGCAGCUGGGCCGGGUCCGGACGGGCCGAGAUGCCCUAUAAACUGAAGAAGGAGAAGGAGCCCCCCAAGCUCGCCAAAGGCACAGCCAAACCCAGCAGCUCAGGCAAGGAUGGUGGAGGCGAGAAUACGGAGGAGGUCCAGCCCCAGUCACAACCCCAGUCCCAGUCUCAGACUCCUUCAUCCAACAAACGUCCUAGCAACAGCACCCCACCACCAACACAGCUCAGCAAAAUCAAGUACUCAGGGGGCCCCCAGAUUGUCAAGAAGGAGCGCCGGCAAAGCUCCUCCCGCUUCAACCUCAGCAAAAACCGGGAGCUGCAGAAGCUUCCAGCCCUAAAAGAUUCACCAACCCAGGAGCGGGAGGAGCUGUUCAUCCAGAAGCUCCGCCAGUGCUGUGUCCUCUUUGACUUUGUGUCAGACCCACUCAGUGACCUCAAAUUCAAGGAGGUGAAGCGGGCAGGACUCAACGAAAUGGUGGAGUACAUCACCCAUAGCCGCGAUGUUGUCACUGAGGCCAUUUACCCUGAGGCUGUCACCAUGUUUUCUGUCAACCUUUUCCGGACCCUGCCACCUUCAUCGAAUCCCACCGGGGCAGAAUUUGACCCCGAGGAAGAUGAGCCCACUUUGGAAGCCGCCUGGCCACAUCUCCAGCUUGUGUACGAGUUUUUCUUACGUUUCCUUGAGUCUCCUGAUUUCCAGCCAAAUAUUGCCAAGAAGUACAUUGACCAGAAGUUUGUCCUUGCUCUCCUGGACCUGUUUGACAGUGAGGACCCUCGAGAGCGGGAUUUCCUCAAGACUAUUUUGCAUCGCAUCUAUGGCAAGUUCUUGGGGCUGCGGGCUUACAUCCGUAGGCAGAUCAACCACAUCUUCUACAGGUUCAUCUAUGAGACAGAACAUCAUAACGGGAUUGCUGAGCUCCUGGAGAUCCUGGGCAGUAUUAUCAAUGGCUUUGCCCUGCCCCUUAAAGAAGAGCAUAAGAUGUUCCUUAUCCGUGUCCUGCUUCCCCUUCACAAGGUCAAGUCCCUGAGUGUCUACCACCCACAGCUGGCAUACUGUGUGGUACAGUUCCUGGAGAAGGAGAGCAGUCUGACUGAGCCAGUGAUUGUCGGACUCCUCAAGUUCUGGCCCAAGACCCACAGCCCUAAAGAGGUGAUGUUCUUGAAUGAGCUGGAGGAGAUUCUGGAUGUCAUCGAACCGUCAGAAUUCAGCAAAGUGAUGGAACCACUCUUUCGCCAGCUUGCCAAGUGUGUCUCUAGCCCCCACUUCCAGGUGGCAGAGCGUGCUCUCUAUUACUGGAACAACGAGUACAUUAUGAGCCUGAUCAGUGACAAUGCUGCCCGGGUCCUCCCCAUCAUGUUCCCUGCACUCUACAGAAACUCCAAGAGCCAUUGGAACAAGACAAUCCAUGGGCUGAUCUACAAUGCUCUCAAACUGUUCAUGGAGAUGAAUCAGAAGCUGUUUGAUGACUGUACACAACAAUAUAAGGCAGAGAAGCAGAAGGGCCGAUUCCGAAUGAAGGAAAGAGAAGAAAUGUGGCAAAAGAUUGAGGAGCUGGCCCGACUUAACCCCCAGUAUCCCAUGUUCCGAGCCCCUCCACCACUGCCUCCUGUGUACUCAAUGGAGACAGAAACUCCCACGGCAGAAGACAUUCAGCUUCUGAAGAGGACAGUGGAGACAGAAGCUGUGCAGAUGCUAAAAGACAUCAAGAAGGAGAAAGUGCUGCUUCGGCGGAAAUCAGAGCUGCCCCAGGACGUGUAUACCAUCAAGGCACUGGAGGCACACAAGCGGGCAGAAGAGUUCCUAACUGCCAGCCAGGAGGCUCUCUGACGUCCUCACCUUCCCACCACAGGGCCAUGGCCCACAAGCCCUGGGACGCUGCCCUAGCCCUCCAUCCUCUGCUCCCCACUGGCUGACUUGGGGCAAGGCAGUGCCUCUCUAGCUGCUCUAGAGAGGGGGGGGGGUGUGACAGUGGAAGCAGGGACACCCACAGAAUGGUCCCUCUUCUCCUCAGUGUGUUCUCGCCUCCCUAUGGCUAGUACCAACAGGCUGAGCACUGAGCUGCUCAGUGCCCAGACAACUUGGGGAUGCCUAUCCCCUCCUGCUCCUAACCCCUCAGCUACCUGAGGCUGCUCUGAGAAAUACACCCAGGAAUACUUAUGCUCUUCUCUUCCCUUCAUCCUCAUUUCAACUCCAGGUGUCUCCUCUUCCUCCCUGGAGAGGCAUCUAGAGAGCAGCAGGAGACGAUUCUCACCAAAGUUAUGUCAAGCCCCAUUUGCCCCUAGACAAUGGCUGGAGGGGGCCAACCCCCAACAGCACAAAUAGGGUCCCCCUGUCCCAGCAGUGUGCAGGCUGAUAGGGUUAUAUAAUUCCCCCUUACCUCCCCUCUCCCUGUCUAAAACAAUGUGGGAGGUCAAAAGGAGAAAAGUAGUUAUGGACAGUAGGUGCUGGAUAUAGGGCCCAGAUGGAUCAAGAGAAGCGGGAUGAACAGACACCCUGCCCUGUGCCCCCUCUUUGAGCGGCAGCCCCAGACCAGAGACAUGGAGGGGACCACCCUGGAGCUGACUGCUUUCCUGUGUUGUUGGUUCCCAAAGCUAGGAGGAAAGAAAAAGAAGCAGGGGGUGGGAGUGUCAGCUCCACAAGCACAGCUCCCUCUAACAUGCAGUUAACCCUUUGUGCUGAUGGUGGGCAAACCCUCAUUUGUCCCUUUCAGAUAUCAUGGAGGGGUAAAGGGGCACAGAAGGGCCAGACCCAGGUUCUCGGGGCACAGGCAGCGCAGCUUUUUGGCUUUGUACAUAGGGUGCUUUAUUCUCUUCAGAGUGAUACAUGCUAAGGUGGGCUGGGCUAGGGCCAAUGUCCCCAUAUGUACAGAACUGAAUAAAGUGGGUCUCUGAGAAGAA